CUGCUCUCCCAUCAGGAGGCAGCUGUCCACCGAGCCCCCGCUUUCAAUUAUUUCUUUGUCUUUUUUAGUCCUCCGUUGCCCCCACUCCGGCCCGUUCGACUAGCUGCUCUGGAUACAGCAAAUAACAGUCCCCUAAAGCUUACAUGUGGGACCACAGGAUGAGGGGACAGCUCUGCCAAGGAACAAAGGGCACUGAGGAGCAGGAAUGACUCAGAGAAAUGAAGCCAGGCUCCUGGGGAGGGGUUGUUCCUCUUUCUGUGGAGCUGCUGCCAUGACAACCCCAUGAGAGGGAGGGACAGCCUCUGAGUGACUACUCCCUGUGGGUCUGUCUGUCCUGAGGUUCUGCAGUUUCCUUCAUCCGCACAGCCCAGACCAGAGGAAGGAAACGCCAUGAUCCCCACCCUCAUAGCCCUGCUUUGCCUUGGACUGAGCGUGAGGCCGAGGACCCAAGUGCAGGCAGGGACCCUCCCCAAACCCACCAUCUGGGCUGAGCCAGGCUCUGUGAUCCUCUGGGGGAGCCCUGUGACCAUCUGGUGUCAGGGGACUCUGAAGGCCCAGAAGUUCCGUGUGGAUAGAGAGGGAAGCACAGCACCCUGGUACACACUGAACCCACUAGAGCCCGGGAACAAGGCCAAGUACCUCAUCACACACAUGACAGAGCACACUGCAGGGAGAUAUGGCUGUUACUAUCUCAACCCCGCUGGCUGGUCAGAGCGCAGUGAACCCCUGGAGUUGGUGGUGACAGGGGUCUACAGCAAACCCUACCUCUUAGCCCAGCCGAGCCCUGACAUGACCUCAGGAGAGAAUGUGACCCUCCUGUGUGGCUCACAGGAAGGAUUUGGCAUCUUCAUUCUGACUAAGGAAGGAGAACACAGCCCCCCCUGGGCUUUGGACUCACAGCGACAUCCCAGUGGGGAUUCCCAGGCCCUGUUCCCUGUGGGCCCUGUGACCACCAGCCACAGGUGGACAUUCAAAUGUUAUGGCCGUUACAGGAACAUCCCCGAGCGGUGGUCACACCCCAGUGACACCGUAGAGCUCCUGGUCUCAGGUGAGGAGCCCAAACCUGUUUUUCUCGUGUUUGUAUGGUCAGCUCAGGACCCUGCCCAGGACAGCCCCCAUCCAGGAAGGGAGGUCAUCAGAUUUAUCUCUCUGAGCUUCAGUUUCCUCACCUGUGAAAUGGGCAGAGGUGGGGUGGCAUUACUGUAUUGCUUGAUUGUUGUUAGGUUUAGAGGUGAUGAAUUCACCAACCCCAGAAUGUGCCUGGCACACAGUAGGUGCUCAGUUAAAUGGCAUCAUGGGUUCAUUCAUGAUAUCACUUAUGUCCAAGGUCUUCAAAUGUAUCAGAAAGUUCUGAUUGGGGUCUCGGUGACCUUCAUCCUGCUUCUCUUCCUCCUCCUCUUCCUCCUCUUCCUCCUCAAGCACCAGCACAAAUGCAUCAAGUUAGGUGUUUCACACCCUGAAGCUCAGGCCAGAGCACUGCAGGAAAGCUCCAAGUCCAGCUCCAUGGCUUGUGUCCAGGAGGAGAACCAGUGUAAUAGGGGAAGAGAUGCUCCCAUAAGAGAACCCCAGCCUGAGGAGGACAAAGAGAUGGACAGUUGGGAUAAUCCACCUGAUGCCCCCCAGGAUGUGACCUAUGCCCAGCUGAACCGCUUGACCCUCAGACGGGAGACAAGUGUAUCUCCUUCCUCCCUGUCAGAGAAGCCCCCAGAUGAGCCCAGUGUGUAUGCUGCUCUGGCCAUUCACUAGCCUGGGGAGGACGCAGGCCCCACACUCCAGGAAGAAGGACUGCAGGGACCCAAGAAGACCCAGGAGCUGUUCCCAUGGAGACACAGCGAGUGACCCUAAGCCUGGAGACCUUGUGAAAGCAAACAGGAUAUCCCAAGACCUUAGGAGUUACCUAAUUCUGCAGAUUAACAUAAUUAUGAGCUCUACAGUUUUAGAAAUAGAGCAGUACACUUCUACAUAACCAAUGGCUGAGAGAAGAAAACUCCAAAUGAAGACAGAACUUUUUUACUUAAAAGAUCAUGUGAAUCUUUCAUAUCAACACAUAUUUUUACCUACCGGUAAUGCAAAUAUUAUAUAUCAAGGUCAAAUGGGAAAAUUAAGUGCCUAAACGAAAUGAUUAGAAAGAAACAAAAGGGCCGACGGAGUGUCGCGUUGGUUAAGAGUUGGCUUGGGACGCCAGAGGGCCCCGGUU